GCAGCAGCCCCUCUCUGAAGACUACUCGGUUUCCGAUGGAGAUCCUCAGUGACUUGUACCUGACAAACCCGGACACGGACGAGAUCAACCUCCAGGGCGCCAACUUGCGGUCGUUGGACGUGGAGCUCCCGUUGCUCAAGCAAUUUCGCGAGCUCCGGCAUUUGAACGUGAGCCACAACCAGCUCACGGAAUUGCCCGUGGAACUGGCCGAGUUGUCGCGACUUGUGGCCCUGGACGUGUCGAGCAACUUGCUCGGGUCGUUGCAUCGUGUCCUGCCAGUGCUCCAACAACUACCGUCCCUGAAAAGCCUCGGCAUCACAUUGGCCGAUCCGGGUACCGAAGAGCCGUUGAUUCUGGCGGCGUUGCCCAAGCUUCGCAUCUUGAACGCCAUGCCGCUUUUGGCUUCGUCGUUGUCCUCGUCUGCCGACGUACGCCGUCAAAGCACGACCCCCACGUUGCAAUUCACUACUCCCGAGGAUUCCCCCUUGCCCACCGACCAUGUUCAAAACGUAGCCAGUAUUCUCCACGUGCUCAAAGGCAUCGGAAUCGCUGUGCCCCCCGGUUCCGAAGAAGACCAGCGUGUGUCGCGUAUGUUCGAACAACAAGUGGCCUUGGUGGGCAUGUCACUCAAACACGAUAUUCAACAAAUCCCCCCAGAAGUUCAUUGCCCCGACCUCCACACGACCGCGGCGGUGCUGCUAGCCAAGUUUAAGAUUGUAGCCGCGUGCUCGAGCUACGCGACGCAGAAAGCGGGCGAGUGCGCACCAGAGCUAGGCCUCGCGUGCCAGACGUUGAGUUUGCUGCAACAAGACAUCGUGUCGGCGUUGUUUGCGUUGACCCGGCAGCUUCUCAUCGCACCACCAGCACCAUCCCCCCACCCCCCUUCUUCGUCCCCUUCAACGCAGCCAGCCAUGGACUCGACCCAGAUCAAGCAGUUGCUCGAAGUCGCGGAGGGCCUGGAGGCUGAUGUCCAGAGGGGGGCUGCAGCGCUCGCCAACGAGCAGCGAAACUCUGCGCGACUCGAAGCGGAGAUUCGAAAAGUGCGGAAGGACCUUGCCGCCGCCAAAGCAGCAGCAGUAGCAUCCACCCCUCAGGCUCCGAGUGGUAGUCCUCUCAAGGAUGGGUCGUGUCGGCCACCCCAUUCGACCCUCCGAGGGGGGGCUUCGUCGUUAACAAAGGCAGCAACGUCGGGGGGUCGAGCCAAACCAAUGGGAAAUAUCUCAAACAGCCUUCCACUUCCCCCAACCCCCAAUCCCCCUUCUGUAUCGGGACCGUCGUCCACGGCGGUGAAAAACCUCAGUUUAAAGCAACUCAAGGACCUCAUCGAAGCCAUCUAUGCGUCGAAACGCAAGUAUGACCAAAUGAAUGCUGACGCCAACACCCCCAAAGAAACCAUGGAGCAGCACAUGUACACGUAUCUGAACCAGCGGUUUGGCUUGCACGCGUUGAUUGUUGAAUACGCCAGUGCCAUUAUGAAGGGAUGUGCGCGGUAUGGCACUUUGGACUGCGACGUCGCGACGUUUCUGCACUUGGUGCGCAACGAAGUGGACGAAGGGUACUUGCGUCUCAAACAAAAGCUCGAAGAUACCGUCGUGGCGCUGUUGCGGGCGUUUCUAAGAGGACUGCAUCCCCGUAAAUCGGAAGGGACGAUCACGCAGUUGGUGCACGCCAAGCUCACGUCGGCCACGACGUUGACACGGGACGAAUGGCAGAGCAUCGUCACGUACAUGUACGACACGCACGACACCACGACCAUCUUGCAGUUGAUUGAAUCACGUUCGAAACACACCCGCGACAUGGGCCUGGACUUUCAAGUGUUUCGCAAGAUUCUACUCAACUACCAGCUGCACGGGCGACUCAAACUUCUCGCAGAGUUCUGCCGCCAGUUCGAAGGCGUGGACGUCGAUCGAGUGGGCAUCCUCAAGCGAGUACAUAUGUGCAGUUGUAGUGACUGACUAUACAUACAUACAUUGGUAUCAUGACGAUAUGAACGUAGCGCGAUUUUAUCGAUUUGAUGCUAAACCUGACGCCAUACAAGGUCCGUACUUUUGUAUCGUUUUAUUACCUCGCUGUGUACAAGUUUUCUCCAGUGCAUAACAUUUACUAGACCCAAGACGAGAUUGCCCUCGUCAUCCAGCAAGUGGACCCCCAUGAACACGACUGCAUUACGUUUACAGACGCGGUGGAAGCGUUGUUCAAGGACAUCCGCACGUUGCAUCAAAAGGGUCUGGCAAGUAGCGCUGGCUCGGGGGGUCGGGCGCACGGCCAACCCCCUCCGCCGCCCCCUCCGCUAGCCCUUUCGUUUGACCAUUAGACAGCAACUAAGCCCUGUACUUGAAGCUGGGGCGUAAAGUGUCAGCCGCUGCAAUGUGUCAGUGUUAACAUGGGGUGAAUGAAAAGUAGCCGCCGUCGUCUAUCCGA